AUGCGCUUCCAAUUCUUGCCUCUCGUGGCUCUGAUCGGCGCAGGAGGCAUCCUUUGUGCCCCAAUCAGUACCAAUGGUUCCGACGUCGACGCUCUCGAGGCCCAGGUCGCACAACUGGCCAUCCAUGCGUACAGAACAACCGAGAAGGCAGUCCAGCAAAUAGGAAGUCCAGGCCUGCAUAACUCCUCGACCUGCAGCUCUGACAAGCUUCGCGUCCGGCGGGAAUGGUUCGUCGGCUCCAACAAUAUGGUCAAAGAAUUCAGGGAAAUGCUAACGUCUGAAAGGGGUUCAUUGUCGAAGUCUCAGCGCCGAGACUACAUUCGCGCCGUGAGGUGCCUCCAAACAAAGCCAGCAUUGACUCCAUUGGCAGUCGCAGCUGGGGCCAAGACUCGCUACGAUGAUUUUGUCGUCGUCCACAUCAACCAGACUUUGACAAUCCACUACACAGCGAACUUUCUGUCCUGGCAUCGAUAUUUCACCUGGAGUUACGAGGAAGCACUGCGCAACGAAUGCGGGUACCAAGGCGACCAGCCCUAUUGGGAUUGGGCAAAGACUGCUCGUGAUGGUCUUCUCUCUAGUCCAAUUUUCGAUGGAAGUGAUACGUCCAUGAGCGGCAACGGGGCUAACACUGGCAACAAGUCAGACGUUAUCUUGAGUGUUGGCUCUGGCUAUGCACCAAUCGACCUUCCAUCAGGCUCUGGCGGAGGUUGUGUGACCAAAGGGGCAUUCGCGAACAUGACCGUCAAUCUGGGUCCCGAAUCCCUUCCUACACCGGGCGGAGUGACAGAGACAGCUCCAAGCGGCAACGCUCUCGAUUGGAAUCCUCGUUGUCUCAAGCGAGAUUUGGUGGACGCUGUCAAUCAACGCUAUGCGAAUUAUUCGUCCGUUCUAUCGUUGCUUUCGACGCCGAAGAUAAUAUACGACUUCCAGAUGCAGAUGCAGGGCGUACCAGGGACAGGUGAAGUAAGUUUGCGAAGAUCAUUUGGACGUUCGGAUCGUGCUGAUGAUUGCUGGCAGCUGGGUGUCCACGGUGGAGGCCACUAUACCUUGGGAGGAGACCCCGGUCGAGAUGUCUACGUCAGUCCAGGAGAUCCAAUGUUCUUUCUCCAUCAUGGCAAUAUUGAUCGAGUUUGGUGAGUUCCCGUUCUUUUUGGUGAUACGUACGAAAUGCGAAGCCGUGCUGACUUUCUCAGGUGGAUUUGGCAGAUGCUUUCGCCCUACGAGCGUCAAUUUACUGACAAGGCGAUUUCCGGCACAAGGACUUUCCUGGACUCGCCUGCUUCAGCAAAUGGCACCUUGAAUGAUACAGUUCAGUUCGGCUACGCCGCAGGCCCACCUCGGCCAAUCCGAGAUCUGCUGUCAACGGUCAAUGGCCCAUUCUGCUAUACUUAUCUGUGA